AUGGAGACAGCGGUGGAGUUUGAAGUGGGAGAUGGUGAACUGCCAGAGAAAAUAACAAUCAACACUGCCCAAGUGUUGCUACUAGCCAAAUUCGAUAAGGCUAAAUCUGACUCAUAUCAUCUGGUGCGGAAGCUCAGUCAGCAUCUUCUUAUGGAACUGCUAACUAAAUCACCUCCUCGGGUCGUGCUGCCUUCCACGCCCUCGUCAAGCAAAUCUAACGAAACUCCCUUCUCAAAAAGCAAAAAAUCGUCGAAAGCUAAAAAUUCUCACUCUGAUAACAAGGCCAACCAAUCAAACCUGGUAAUGCGUGGGAAUGAAUACGCAUCGCAGGCUAAACCGUGUCCACAUUGUAACUGCAAACGGGUGCGUGUGGUUAAUCCGGGACGGAUAGACCGCCGGAAUAUCAUGGAAUGCACGAACAGAGAUUGUCUAGCAACAAUAAAAUUCACUGACAUUCCCGCCGGAACCCUUAUCAACCCUGGAGGCCCGCCUGAAGAAUUCACUUGGUAUGACUUGAAUGCUGAAGAGAUUUUCUAUCCCAGCGCCAUAACCCUAAAAAGGCUAGAGGACAGCCUCAGGUCAAGCCCAAAGAAGCCCUUCAUACCAAGGAUACGUUACGAUGAUCAAGGAAACAUUGUGGUGCGCUGUCCUGGUCAGAAAGAACUGGAAAUGGAGGUGGAGCAACGGGUACCAGAGUUGGAAGGCGUGGCUGUUCCCGACUUGCCACAGAAGAAGUUUUACCGGCAGCGAGCUCAUUCAAAUCCGCACUCAGACCAUGACAUAGAAUAUCCAAGAACGCCAGCGGACAUGGACUGGUCAAAGUUGUACGGCGAUUAUGCCGAAGGUAGGCAAGUUGAGUUUGCGGACAUCGGUUGUGGCUAUGGAGGUCUUCUCAUGAAGUUAUCGCCCAUGUUUCCUGAGACGCUCAUGGUUGGGCUGGAAAUACGCGUGAAGGUUUCUGACUUUGUAUCGGAGAAAAUCAAAGCCCUGAGAGUACGCCAUGCAGACACGAAUGGCUUUCGAAAUGUGGCAUGCCUGCGUUCUAACGCCAUGAAGUAUUUGCCAAAUUAUUUCAAGAAACAUCAAUUAUCAAAGAUGUUCUUCCUGUUUCCUGAUCCGCAUUUCAAGAAUAAGAAGCAUAAAUGGCGAAUUAUAACUCCUGGAUUGCUGGCGGAAUAUGCGUAUGUGCUGCGGCCGGGAGGGAUUGUGUAUACUAUCACUGAUGUGAAAGAACUGCACGAGUGGAUGGUUCGCCAUCUGAGCGAACAUCCUUUGUUUGAACGGCUCUCAAAGGAAGAGGAAGACAGUGACCCAGUUGUACCUCUUUUAUUUGAAAGCACUGAAGAAGGGCAGAAAGUAUCGCGGAAUGAUGGCGAAAAGUAUAUGGCUGUGUUCAAGCGCAAACCGGACCCGAGUUGCAUGGGCGAAGAAGAGUAUGAGACCCUGCCCACGCAUAGUGUUGGGGUUCACCUAGCCGCAGGUGCAGUGGCUGGCGCUGUGGAGCACUGUGUGAUGUUCCCGUUUGACAGCGUCAAGACACGAUUGCAAAGCUUGUGUCCCUGUCCAGAGACGAAGUGCCCUACACCUGUUCAUUCUUUAUGGAAUAUUGUGAGGAGGGUUUCCUCACGGGAAAUACUGCUGGUCACUCGAACACGUUGUCGUAUGGGGCUGCCUGGAGUCGUAGCAACAUUAAUACACGAUGCGGUUAUGAAUCCUGUGGAGGUUGUUAAACAGCGAAUGCAGAUGCAGUUUUCUCCGUACGGUUCGUCCCUGGAAUGCGUGCGUUGUAUUUACCAAAGGGAAGGCAUGGCAGCAUUCUAUAGGUCCUAUACGACGCAACUCAUUAUGGCAGUUCCAUUCCAGUCUAUUCAUUUUAUGACCUACGAGUUUUGGCAACAGAUCCUCAAUCCGAAACACCAGUAUGAUCCAACGUCUCAUCUUAUUGCGGGUGGUCUUGCUGGUGGAUUAGCAGCCAUGAUAACGACGCCUCUAGAUUGUGUAAAAACUGUGUUGAACACGCAACAAACUCCAGAAAUCGAACUGCCGUGUGUGAAUCGUAUAUUGCCAAAAGAUACUAUCAUUCUGCAGAGCACUGUUGGCUACCGAAAUAUUCCCGAUGCUUUCAAAAUCAUCUACUCACAACGAGGUCUCGCUGGUUUCACUUGUGGAAUGCAAGCGCGAGUCAUUUUCCAGAUGCCCGCCACUGCAUUGUCAUGGUCUGUGUACGAAUUAUUCAAAUACGUUCUCGGAUACACGACAUCGUCAACCUGA